AUGCCUCGAUGGCGGCCAACUCCAGAUAGCAAACAAAAGACUGGUGAAUCGAAACGUGGUCGAACCAGUAGGGCAGGUGAGUUACCGUUAGCAAAAUCCGGUGAGUAUCGAUUGGUGGCAGUAUCAAGUCUAACUCACGCGCACAACGUCAUCCCCACUGGUGUCCAUGACAUACAAAAGUGUCUGAGUUCACCAGGCAGUCUUCCUUACUGCAAUUUCAUGUAUCACCUCUUUUAUCCAUCUGAACUGAGAUUGAUUCUAUCUAAACCACGCUUUACUAUCAAUGGAAGUGAUAGAUCUUUGGACGCUAAAGUAUGGAUCAAUAAAAUCACCCAAGCUAAUGAUCUUGUUCAAGCUCAACUUUUCAGUGAAUCAGUGAUUGGUCCGGAUGUUAAAUUGAGUACCCUUCCAGGUUCAUUCAAUUUAUUUGACUCCGAAGAAGAGAGCACCCAAAAGUUAGUUCCAUCAGAUCUUCCAAUUCGAGGGGCUCACAGAGUAGCAAGUGAAACCAAAGCAUUCUUCUCAUUCAGAGAAAUGGCAGGGAUAAUGCACCCAGUAGACGAAAUAGGCAAGCAACGGUAUCGUGCAGCGUGCGACGCCUGUCGCUAUUCUAAAGUUCGCUGUUCUGGUGGCUGGGUUUGUAUUCGCUGUAAAAAGCACGACUACAAAUGUCGGUACGGCGUUGCACAUCGACCAGGCAGGCCGAAAGGAAGCAAGAAUAAGACGACCUUGGAAAAGUUGGAGAAUCUUCAGGCAGCUCAACAGAGAAUGUACGUUCCAAAGGCUGAGAGUGGAGUGGGAUUUUCUAAGCCGGAAAAAACAAUAAAUAAUAGUAUUGUAAGAUCAACCCCUGGUAAUUUCGGCCAUUCCGCGCAUAUAAAGAUGGGGAACUAUGUUUUUGCCAACCCAGAAUUCUCCGUGUACACUUCACCUACUUUCGCAGGAAUAGGAUACUACAAUACUCCUGAGAACGACUAUGAAAAUAUUUCACCUGCAAUAGCGCAAAACCUGCCUUGGCCAAUCAGAUCUGCGGACACUACCGGAUGGAUGCAGCUGCUUGGAUGGACUCGAGUCCAGUCUAAGACAAAUGUAUGGGCCCUCACGAUGUUCCCAUCUGACCGUGGGCCCAAUCACAGGCCCUUUGUCAUUGUGCAAAACUCUUUAAGCUAUCAUGGUAGCGGUGACAGAAUCGAAGAUCCAACACUCCGCAACAUCAUGUUGUACAAGCUCUACAACAUGAUUUCCGAGGAUUUGAGGUGUUGA